AUGUGUCUGAAAAAAGACUGGAACUCACCCGUCUAUGCAUUUUUUCAUCCUGAAGCUGACAUUGAGUCAACUGGAAACAUGUGUAAGCAUGUCAAAAACUGCUGGGGGGAAGAUGCACUUGCUGCUGCAGUUCAAACCAAAAAUGCCAGGGAGGCACACGAAACUGUUGUGCAGGGUAUACUUACGACAGGCACAAUAACGGCCUCUUUUGAACGAAAGGGGAAAGGGAAGGUGACUUUUUCACACCAUCAGCACACAAAAACGGAGACAAAGGCCGAAAUUGUCCAUUGGGUUUCCGAAAGCUUUCGGUUUCAAUCCCUCAUGAAAACAGGCAGGCUGGAAUACUAUAUCCCUUCACCAUCUACAGUAUCCCGUGAUGUCCAUCUGGUCUUUGUGCAAACACGUCAGCAAAUAGCAAACAUGCUCCAGAAAUACGAAGGUGAACUUAACUUUGCAAUGGAUGCAUGGACGUCACCCAAUCACAAAGCCUUCAUGGCAGAAUCCGUGCAUCUUGAGCACAAGGGCAAGCCUGUGGCUAUGAUUCUAGACAUUGUAGAGGUACCGAAGGUGAGCAAUUAG